GUGCUUCACAAAUUCUGAGAGGAUGUUCGUGAGUGUGCAAAAGUGACAGCGUUGUUUCUGCAGCUGAAAUAUCCUGUGUGCCGCACUGCAUGACCUGUUGCCCUGGCAACUGCCCGCCUCGCAUCAGCAUCUGCAGCAUCAGUCGUCCAGUGGCUUCUGUCAAGGUCGCCAGCGAGAGGCAUCAUGGGAAGCCGUCUAGAAGGGUUCACCAUUAUCAUCCCCCACCACACUCGCGCAUGCGCCUAGUCUUUUCGUUAACUGAGCUGACCAACUAACCGAAAUAAGGCUGUAACCAUAAUAGGACAUAGACGCCGCCUCGCCUCACGGGAUGCGGUGAUGAUGCGCAGGAGUCAUGAGAUCCUGCACGUCAAACUCUGAGGGGGCGCGGCCACAUUCACGGCUUCCCUGCGUCCUCAUUUCUCAUAGGCUGGCCUCAAACAAACUACAACUACGUGCGGUUACGUGCGGUUACGUGCGGUUCCCCUCGCAGCUCCCGUAUGCAUAGCCUAUAUGAGAAAAGAAGGGAGGCACUGCCGCAAAAAGCGACCGCUGCAGCUCCUGUGUCCGGACUGGCAGUCACGACAGUUUUCAGCACCGACGGGCGGGUCCUGCGAAGCCUUUUAAACACCGCCUGAAGCUCCCAGCUCCAGACUCCAUCCUGCAGUUUGGAAAUCCUAAAAUUUGCCCGGUGAUCGCCCAGAAAAACUUGAAAAGAUGGAGAGUCAGGACAAGCAGGUCACAGGUUAUCUCCUGUUCUCCCUCGCCACCGCCGUCAUCGGCUCUCUGCAGUUUGGUUACAACACAGGAGUCAUCAAUGCUCCAGAGAUGAAACUCAAAUCUUUCUUCAACGUAACCUGGUAUAAGCGAUAUAAUGAGGACAUCGACCCUGGUGUUUGCACCAUUGUCUGGAGCGUUGCUGUUUCCGUCUUCAGUGUGGGCGGCAUGGUGGGCUCCUUUAGUGUUGGUGUCAUAGCUAACCGGUUUGGCAGGCGUCGCUCCAUGAUCCUGGUGAACUCUCUGGCAGUGAUCGGCGGCCUCCUUAUGGGCUUCUCCACCAUGUGUUCCUCCUACGAGAUGGUGAUCGCUGGGCGUCUGGUCAUCGGCCUUUUCUGUGGCCUUUUUACUGGCCUGACUCCCAUGUAUGUUGGCGAGGUGUCACCAACGCCGCUCCGCGGAGCUUUCGGCACUCUGCACCAGCUCGGCGUUGUUGUGGGCAUCCUGAUCGCUCAGAUCUUUGGUCUGGAAGCUCUGCUGGGUUCAGACAACCUGUGGCCUCUGCUGCUGGCCCUGACUGUGGCCCCCGCUGUCCUGCAAUGCAUCCUGCUGCCUUUCUGUCCUGAGAGCCCCCGCUUCCUGCUCAUCAACCUCAAACAGGAAGAGGAGGCACGCAACGUGCUUGUGCGUCUGCGUGGCUCUGAGGAUGUGAGCAAAGAUCUGCAGGAGAUGAAGGAGGAGAGCGCCAAGAUGGCCAAGGAGAAGAAAGUAACCAUCGCUGAACUGUUCCGCACGGCAGCGUACCGACAGCCCCUCUUCAUCGCCAUCAUGCUGCAGCUCUCCCAGCAGCUGUCAGGAAUUAACGCUGUGUUUUAUUACUCCACUGGGAUCUUUUCCUCAGCCGGUGUGCAGAAGCCGAUUUACGCCACCAUCGGAGCCGGCGUCGUCAACACCGUCUUCACCAUUGUUUCUUUGUUCCUAGUGGAGAAAGCAGGGCGCAGGACUCUGCACCUCCUGGGACUGGGUGGGAUGGCGGUUAGCGGUCUGCUUAUGACUGUGUCCCUCCUGCUGGAUAAAAUCCCUGGUAUGAGCUACGUGGCCAUCUUGGCUGUCAUGCUUUUUGUGGCUAUGUUUGAGCUGGGCCCCGGUCCAAUCCCAUGGUUCAUUGUGGCCGAGCUGUUCUCCCAGGGGCCCCGCCCGGCAGCCAUGGCUUUGGCCGGCUGCUGUAAUUGGACGGCUAACUUCCUGGUUGGAAUGAGCUUCCCCACACUUCAGGGGUGGUUGGGCCCGUGGGUGUUCCUCAUCUUCACCGGCUUACUGAUCGUCUUUUUCAUCUUCACAUUCAUCAAAGUCCCCGAGACCAAAGGCAAGACCUUCGACGAGAUUGCUCGUGGCUUCAGCAGUGCUGCACCUCCUCCUUCCUCUUCCACCGAGGAUCCUCCUGCCAGUGCCAGCACUGCUGUGACGCUUCCUGCCUCUCCUGUGAAGGAGAAGGUCCCACUGGUGGAGGCACCAGCAGCAGCUCCAUCUCCGGUGGCUGAGACUACACCUCUUGAAGCUAAACAGGGCAGCACAGGAGAGCAAGUACAGCAGGUGUAGAUGAGGUUUUAAUGGAUAAGAGAGGUUAUAAACGAAGGAAGAGCCACAGCAAUUUUAGACAUACUCUAAAUUGGAACUAAAGAAGUUAGCUUAUUUUAUAGCAGGCUUAGAUAACAAUAGCGUUACGAGUUCAUGGGUUUGGACGUUUGAAAGGUCCUACUUUCUGCUCUCAUCAUCGCACUUUGGACUUCUUGUUUUUCUGAACGUUCUCACACUUCCUUCUUUUAAAUCCUCUCUUCCUUUGAAAAGAAACAGAUACAUUCCUAGGAAUUCAACUGCACUCAUUGACAGUGUGACUCUUUUUCAACACGGCAGUGUGUCUCAGGAUGACACACUGUAAAACAAAAUUGAAGCAGGCGCGGGGUAACAGUCAAGGUGAAAGGAUGACGCUUUUAUGAACGUGUAUAGGUGUCUCCUUAAACAUAAUGUUUGAGUUCAGGCCUGAGUGGUGUUAGAAUAACAAUGACCCACAUUUUUUUAAACUGACACACUUCUGUUUAAAAUAUUAGACAUGUGUUGUAGUGGGCAGUAUAGUGCAGUGUAUAUUUUAGCUGUAGUUCGUAUGUUAUUUGUUGCAAUUUUGUAUAUGGAAGCGUUCUCAAAUCACAGGUCUGAAAGGAUAAUUGCAGUUUCUGCUUUCAGCAUUUGAUUAAGUGCUCACAGAGAGCUUUGAAGAGCAAAGCCAAAGAAAUGGUGAACACACAACCUGAAAUCGGCUCUUCACGGUGGGGAUUUAACAGCCGCACAGGUCACGCUAACUGUAGAAAUUCUGAAAGCUAAUAAGAUGGUCAAAGCUGUAAUCUAGUAUGCCUUUGCUUAGUUGGAGUUUGGCGCCACCCUCGGUAAUAACUGGCAAUUGCAGAGGUGUUCUGCUUCAUCUUUGAUCUUAGAGUUGAUGUAGUUGGUGAUGAAUCCCAAAUUUACUCCAAAAAAUGUCCCCUUCACCAGAGAAUUUAAAGUUAUAAUUAUUCUAUAUAAUGUUUAUAUAGACACUGAAUAUAUAGAAAGAAUUAUUAUUUUUAGGACUGUGCCCUGCAAACAAAAACCCUUUCAAUUAUUUUACACACGUAGAUUACGGUGGGGUAGCGUGCAAUGUAUAUUGUUUUGUUAAAGGGAAAAUUAUCAUAGUAUUUAUAACCUUAGAAACUGAUUUUUGUAUAGAGUAUAUAGUUAGAAAACAAACAAAGAGCUGUAGUGCUUUCCAGAUUUGCCCCAAGGGGUGACACAGAGUUUGCAAUAAGCUCUGCCUCCAUCACCUAAAAUGUAGCUCAGAGAUUUAGAUGCAUUAAUGCACCUUGUUAACCAGAGAAGCGGCAACGCAAGCAAUAGAGCCAAAAUCAGCAACGUAGAAGUCAUUGAGCACAAUAGCGCUUUAUGUCUAACCUACAGAAUAAUCUAAACUAUAUUUACCUGCAGAACACUUAUAUCUGUCAGAGCUGAUGUUAGAAUAGAUAAAAGUGGCAUCAAAUGUGCAUUUAUUGUACAAUCUUAAUCCUAAACUCUAUGUGAGCUGAGAAUGGGCAGAGACAAUUAAAGGGGGAAGUGCUAAUACUGUAUAGAUAACGGGUGACACAGCUGUCUGUGAUGGUUCAUGGGCUUUUAUUUUAAAUUAUACUUUUUUUCACAAAGGGAAAAAUUAGUUUUGACUUUUUUUGUCUUUCAAAAUGACAUAGUGGACAUUUUUUUGUAUUGUCUUUUCAUUCUGAAAUGAAAUUGUAUGUGAUUUUGUUUUUAUUUAUAUACAGAAAUUGCAAAGGACUGACUGGGGCUUUAAUUCUACAAAAAAAAACAAAACAAAAAAAACAUCUGGAAGCAGCUGGUCUGGAUGCAGGACCCAGUGAUUGGAGGGCAAAACCUUUUUUUUCCCAGCAGACUUUAUUACAUAUGUGCUCCGAAUCCUGGAGUUUUUCUGUUGUUUGAUUACGGGAACACUCAGAGAACCGAGGUUACGUAACCUCCAGCGCAUCUCAGCUCGCUCUGAGAAAGUGCAUUAAAUUAUUUCAUCCUUCAGGUCAAAAUGAACUUCAUCUUCCCUCAUGUCUGCUAAUUUUUCCCAUACGUGCAUCAGAUUUGUUAACGUGACAUGAAGAAUGUCUUCAAAUGCUUUAAAAAUCCUUCGAAUGGCCCAAAUGCACUAAAACGAACCUUUGACGCAAUACUGUAAGAAUAUAAAAUGGUUUAUUCUUACAAAAGCUGUAAUGCUAAAUGACUAAAUAAGCAACAAUCAGUCCUGUGUAUUUCAUACAUUAAUAGUGAUUCCCAAAUAAUAAAAUGAACAUUAACAACCACGAUUUGUAGAAAUGAGACCACAUCUGUGUGGUGUGUGUCUGGCUUUACGUGCUUGGGUCCAGAUCCUGCCAACAUUGUGAUGCUUUGUCUGAAGAGUAGCACCAUCAGCCAUUACAGAUUUAUGUAUUCCAAACAGUGUACAGUGUGUGUGGUGUACACAUGUGUGACACAAAGUAUAUUUUAUACAUUCUGUCGUGACUGCGUGAAUUCCUGUAGUUUCUUGAAAAAAGCUAUUUUCACUCAUGCUGCACAGCGAGGAUAUAUUUAUUGAUUUAUGUAUUUAUUUAUGAAUUUAUUGUAAUUAUUGUACACUGGAAGAAUAUUUGUCUGGACAAGACUUCUUUCAAUGCUACCUGCCUCAUUUAAAUGGUGGGAAUAUAUAACUUUGCAGACCUGUUGAACUUGAGAGAUUUAUUGAGAUGAAUAUUUCUUGCAUUGAGGGGAUUGUUUGUGCAGUCAUGACUUUGUUGUGUAUUGCUGUAUUUGUGGGUGAUGUACUGUGCUUGCAUUGAGGGAGGGGUGCGGUACGCUCCUCCUCGCCGGUGGUGUUCAGUGUCGUGUUUAGUCUCUCGACCCUGUUUAGUCACACGCAGCUUCAAUGGCACUAACACUGAGUCUGAUAUUUAAAGUUCUUUCUAUUACACAGCCUGCCCUGUUGGCUUUCCCUUUUGUGAUACAGGAUACCUCCAAGAUUUGAGUUCACUGCUCUCAGCAUUGAGGUCACGGGGCUGGAGUUGAGAAACAAGUGGAGCAAAAUGUUUAAAAUGGAGUUUAAAAAAACGUACAGCUUGCUUUUGAUGUGGAAAGAUUGGAUUUUUGCAACCUUCAAGACAACACUGUAACAAUAUUCCAGUUAAUAUUUGCAAGCAUGAAUCUGUUAUUUUACAGUGUUCCUACUAUAAUCUACAACAACAGUUUCCUGCCGUAAAAUUAUAACAGCACUGUGCAGUAUCUAAUAUUCAAAAUUACCUGUAUUUUCACAGCUGUUUUGUAUACUUAGAACGUGUUUCCUCUGAUUCUAACGGUGGUGGAAAAGUGAAUGUUGUUUGUUAAAGCUGGCAAAACUUCUUCAACAGGGCUUUAAAACUUGAAUGAUUUGGGGUAACUCAACCCUGAUUCAACCCGUGGUUUGACUGCAGUGCAUCCCAAAUGUAUUUGAAAGGAUUUAAAACAGAUAUAUGGACCCAGGCUCACACUGCUCCCAACAGCUACUUUAUGCACACCCAAAACCCUCAAAACCUUCCACUUACUGUACAAAGAUAGUAUAAUUGCUCAUUUGUAAAUAUGUAUUUUUUAAUAGAGUUCUAUUUAUAUGUUGACUUUGGCCAUCGUUUAUGUGUUUGGUUCCUUUUUUAGUUCGGGGUGCACAUUGUCAUUACUGUAUCUCUCAGUCUGCUUCUUUGGCUCUUAACAUCCAGCAGAUCACUGGUGGCCGUGUUACAUUGUAGUUCGUCUAUUCUUCUGCUUCCUUUUUGGGUGUAAGCAAAAGCUCCCUGAAAUGUGGUGGAUAUUAACCCAGCCCUAAUCAUUUACAGAUCGCCUGAGACCUGGUGGAUGUUAACUGGUUAAAUAGUACCCUUGCACAUUGUACACAAUCUGCCUGUGAGUAAGAGUCAAACCCUGACUAACACUGCUGUCCCUGCUCUUUACUGUGCACCAGCUGUACGUGCCUGGUCACAUUACACUCAGAGGUGUUUAGCACUGCUCGGUUUGGUUAGGACUUUUAGCCAUAUUGUUACACUUAAAAAUUUCACAAUAAACUGUCAAAGCUUUUGUGUUUUAAACCAGCAGCUCUGGUAAUAUUCAUGCAAUGUCACAGAUAUGAAUCUAUCACCAAGGAACAGGUCUCAACAGUUCACUUUGGCUGCUGUGAUCUUUGUUCUGUUUGUGUUUCCGGCGUCGGUUUGGUCCUAACUUGUGUGUUGUUGAUGUGUAAAUAGAUGUUUGAGUGUCAUGUACUGUAAUUCUGUUUGUGCCUCUCUCACUGUUAUUAAAUGUGUGUCUUUGUGAGAAAGCUUCCCGUUGCUUCCAGUAUGUUAGAAAGAACUCGCUGGUUUACUCAGUAAUAAUAAACGAGGUUCAUCUGAAACUUGAAGGCCGUGCCGUGGUUAGUUAAUGUUACAUCUGUACUGUGUAUGCAGUGCAGUGACUGGGUGUUAUUUUAGACACGUUUUAAAAAGCCAGUAUCUUUAUGCAUUGUCUUUGAGUGGCAGCCAAAAACUAAGCCAAGUGAUAUUUAUCAUAUGUUUUGAUGGAAAUAGACCAAGCUGGUGAUUUAGGUUUUUGUUUUUUUUUUUUUUUUACAUUUUUCUGUGCAACAACAGUGAUGCACCCCAGCCUUUUUUGUUUGUACUGUACAAACCAGUUAUAAUGUUGUUAAAU